AUGGUGGCAGAUGUCCACGUAGGAACUGAUGAAAGUGAGGAAGAAGGUUCGAUGUCAUCUGAUGAGGAGAUUUUCGUCAGCAGGCGCUCACGUAAGCGAAGAUUUGUAAUAGACUCAGAUGAUAAUACAUCCGAUGCAGGUCAGUUGGGGUCUGAGUCUAUGCAGCAUCAGCAGGAGCCGCAGGAGCCUGAAUCAUCAUUUGUGAUCCGUUCCAAUAAAAAUCACCUUUAUGGAAAGAGCGGUUAUAAAUGGUCUACUAGACCUCGCAAUCCACGAGCAAGAACAUCUUCUCGUAAUGUGAUUUACGUAGUCCCUGGAUCUGCAGGUGUAGCCAAAGAGAUAACAGACCCCAGAGAAUUAUUUAUAUAUAUUAUAUUAUAUUUACAGGAGAAGUAUAUCAACUCGCAUACUUUCAUUAACGAAGUGAAGGCUUUACUGGGUCUCUUGAUACAAUCAGCGGCUAUAAAAAGUAACCACUUGCCCACUAGAACACUAUUUGACCACAAAAGGAGUGCAAUUACUUUUAAAGCGUGCAUGAGUGCUGAUAGGUUUGAUUUCUUACUGAGAUGCCUUAGGUUUGACGACAAGACAACAAGAACAGAGGGCCUCUGA